AUGGACAGGAUGAGAAGAGAAUUGAAUCAGGAGCAGCUUACUACAGCAAUCCCCAAGGAGCAUCUUGACGAAGACAAGUUUUCCGGUGUAGAUGUUGUGGGCCCUAUCGCUGCUGCCUCCGUCUGGCAAAGAUUGGCGAAAUCCAGAAAGUCGCAGGUUGCUGUUUCCAAGGAGGAUACCAACAGCGAUCAAAGUGGAUUCCGCAUUGUCGUGGAGCAGGACGGUUCCAUUAGGGCAAUACCGAAGGAGAGAGUGAAAAGGGAGCCGACGCCAGAGGAGAAAGAAAUUCGCUUCAUGAAAUCGAUUGCAGGAAUUGGAGAUAUGUCUGAUUCAGAGUUUAAGAGAAAGUAUCACUGGCUCCUGCCUGGUAUGUUGCGUUCAACUAUGGCGAUACUGCUUGAAAUCUCGAGAAAUCGUUUCAAAUUCUUUCGUUAUGGCGAAAUACAAGGCCAGAAAGUCUUCGCAGCUGCCGCCCAAUCGGCGAGACUGGAGUCAAGGAGUGAAACCGUAGAUCCUGAAACCAAUUCAGAAAUCAUAAGGAUGAUGGAAGAGAGGGAAAAAUACAUGAUGAAGAUAAGGGAGUUGAAUAAUCAGUUGAGAAUUCUUGGGGUUCAAGAAGGCUCGGAUGAGUUCGCUGAAGAUCGAAAGGCUGAGGGAACGGCAUUGGCGUGGAAGGCGUUUCUCAUCGCAACUUUGAUUGUUUUGACCUCUUCAAGCGCUGCACUGUGGGUAUUUUGCAAACGAACAGGGAUCAGAAGUUUCCGGGAAUUUCGCGAGUUCGCAAAAGAUUACAUUCAAUCUGAUGAAAUUCGAAAAAGCACCUCAGAAUAUUCUGCGCUGGCGAAUGAGUGGACUCCGAAAGUGCGCGACAGUGUCCCGAAGUCUUCACGUCAUGCCUCUACCUAA